CUCGAAUCUGUUAAAAAUAAUAAAUGAAUUAAUAAUAAAUCAAUGGUUGAUAGUUGUGUCUGUUAGGCUAACUUCUGUAUUUUGUGUCGGGCUGUGUGGACUAAUGACUGUAGUAGCCUAGUUAUAAAUGCAGACCAUCUGAUUAGCUGAUGCCCUCAGUCAUGUAUAAUAUUAAUAUACUCAUAUGUUUUGACUUGGUAAUUAUUAUUAUUUACAUCUUGAUGAUAUUUACGAUAUUUAUUUAUGUUAAUAUUUUAUGAUUUUUCACGGCGCCGCAUUGAAAAUGUCCCCGAUUUUCAUUUCAGAAAUCUGGGCACCUUAAUGUGGAGUGGAUGACAAGAUCAAGAUGAAAAGAACGAUUGAAAGCUUUUUCGUUAAAAAUGUUAAUAAGUUAAGGCCUGAUCCGAACGAGUGCUCUGACACGGAUCUCCCUUCAACUUCCCAGGUUAUGUCAGGCCCUAAUCAGGAGACGGCAUCGGCUAAUGAGCCGCACACGAUCAACUCCGAGCCACAGCCCGCCGAAAUUAAAAGGAGGAAAGUGUAUGCAUUUAGAAGAGAGUGGCUUGACCAGUUUCCCUGGCUAAGAUACGAUAAAUCCGGCAACGAGAUGCACUGCAUUUACUGUAAAGAGUGUGGGAAGACCAUGGCCGGUAAUAGUGCUUUUGUGACUGGUUCCAAUACAUUUCGUAUUGAAACUCUGAAAAAGCACAAUGCAUCCAUGAAACACAUUACAUGCCGCGAUAAAUGCACUGCCACAGUGUCCCCUCUCCCCGCUGCCUUUCAGCGGCAGGAAGCAGCAAACAGAACAUCAGAUGAGGCCGAGAUGAUGAUCAAGUUUAACAUUGCCUACAAUAUUGCAAAAGAAGAACUUCCCUUCACUAAAUUCAAGUCCGAAAUAAUUCUUCACAAGAAAAAUGGCUUGAACGUAAACCCGACCUACAGCAAUGAUGUCAUGUGCGCCCAAUUUAUUGGAGUCAUCGCAGAUACUCUGAAAAAAAAUACAUCGGUGCAAAUUGCGAACAGUGCAUACAUGGCAUUCCUGAUCGACGGAGACACAGACAUCGCCAAAAAGGAAUGCGUCAUUGUGUAUGGUCGUAUCUUGCAGAGAGGAGGACCGGUGAAUAUACUGAUUGGACACAUCGAGGUCCAGCAUGCCCAUGCCCAAGGAAUUUAUGCUGCCUCAAAGAAAGCAUUUGCUGUUCUUGGGGACCAGUGCAGUAACUGGCUGGAGAAAAUUAUUGCUCUGGGUGCUGAUGGUGCUGCUGUUAAUUUGGGCUACAAAGGGGGUGUCAUAGCCCUUUUGCAGCAAGAGGCAGGUGAUCACAUUGUGCCUUUCCACUGCAUGCCUCACAGGUAAGACUAGAAGAUAAGGUAUGACUGAAACCCUUAAGUCACUGUUAUUUUCUUUUAUAGAGCAGAUAUAUCUAUACUUAAAAUGUGACUAUCGUUUCAGAUUGGAAUUGGCAAUGCUGUCAGUGCAGAGGGACAAUCAAAUGAUGGGGCAAUUGUACGACCUUCUACAUUUAAUUUGGAAGACUUACCAUUUCAGCCCAAAAUCAAUGAGAGAGCUCAGGGUCAUUGGGGCUGACUUGGGGGUAAAUGUGCUGAUGCCCAGUGGGGUGAAGGGGACAAGGUGGCUCCCACAUGUUUCAAGGGCCUUGGAGACCUUUCUUAAACCAGGACAGUUCACUGCUGUGUACUACCAUAUGGACCAUUUGGCAGGCUCCUCUGCCAAUGCAGACAUUGCAGGCCGAGCUACAAAGGCCAGUGCAUUCUUUCAGGAUAUUCCUUUCAUUAGAGCCACUUGUUAUUGAUGUAUUUUUAGGAAUUUAGUUCAUCAAUGUUCUAUGUGACUAAUUUUUAUUGUUGUAUGGUACAGGUUAAGAAAUCAAUGGAAGAUGCUACCUUUGUGGCCUUUUGCCAUGUUAUUGCAGACAUGUUCAGUGGCAUUAGUAAGUUUAGCCUCCUGCUUCAGAGGAAUGACAUCAUCUUACCACAGGCAGUUUGUGGCCUUGAAAAACUGCUGGUGACCACAGAGGCAAUGGCUGUGAGACCCAAGCCUGGGGGAAGACUGUCAGAGUUCCUGGCUGACAUGAGGCUGCAGAGGAGGAGGCAGCAAGAAAUGGGUGAAAUGGCAAUCUACAAAUUCCGGACAAUAACACUCAAAGGACAAGCAUCAGAGCUGGCAGGAGAUAGUGUUGGUGGCACUAAACUUGAAAAAGUAAUGGAUGCAACGAUCAUAUCCACUGUAAAACAUCUGAAAGCAAGAUUCAGUAGCCUCCUAGGGGAGAGUGCUUCCGGGUCUGACACAACCAAGGCUGUCAAAUGCUUCAACAUUUUCAAUCACGAUAGCUGGCCAGAGAACCAAGAAGACUUAGUAGACCAUGGUGCUGAUGACCUUGCAUUUCUCUUGGAUCACUUCUCCACAGUUCUGAGAAGAAAUGGUGUAAACACUGACCUUGCAAAAGAAGAGUUUGUGGGCUUAAAGCUAUUAAUUGCAAGGAUGUUCAAAGACAAGACCUACCUCAGCCUUUGGGAGCUCAUGUUGACCAGAGAGCCCUACUGCUCACAGUACAAGAACAUCCUGCAUCUUGUACACAUUAUGCUGGUCCUCCCUGUCUCAGCUGCAGUUUGUGAAAGAGGAUUCUCUGCACAGAAGAGGAUCAAAUCAGACACGAGGGCAUCCCUCC